GGCGGAAGUUAGCAACGCUUCGAGACAAAGGGCGGAGACGACGAAGUGUAAUCGGGAAGAAAGAAAAAAACAAACAAAAAAACAAAGAAAAUGUUGAAAGAGUUGGUGAAGGAGCGACUAAUGGUGGCAGCUGAUGAAAUAUUCGCGCUGUUUGAAAGAACGAUCGCGUCGUACGAGGAGGAACUUUCUCGAACAAGACAGGAGAAGGAGCGACAUCGCCAACAACUGGAAGCUGUUUACAAGACUCAAAUUGUGUUACACGUUGAAGACGUCCAGCAGGUGACUGACCGUCAUGACGGAUGUCCGGCUCAGCCGCAGGGGCGGGUCUCCACUUUAAAGCAGGAGGAGCCUCAGCCCCCCAACGUUAAAGAGGAAGAGGAAGAACUCUGGAUCACUCAGGAGGGAGAGGGUCUUCUAGGGCUGGAGGAGGCUGAUCUCACCAAGUUGCCAUUGACUGUUGUCUCUGUGAAGACUGAAGACCACAAAGACAAGCCAGCUGAGUCCUCACAGCUUCAUCACGGUCCAAGUGAGGAGAACAGAGGGGUGGAGCCUCCAUGCGACAGCUCGCCACAACACAUGACAACAGAAGCUGAUGGAGACCACUGUGGAGCAUCACAAGCAGACAAGCUCUUAGCUCCACUAUCAGAUAGUGACGACACAACGUCGCACAUCAGCACAAAUAUGGACUCGCACAUGACAGCGCAAACAAGGGAAAAACAUUUCAGUUGCUUUGACUGCGGUAAAAAAUUCUCUCAAAAAGCACACAUGCUCUUGCACAUGAGAACACACACUGGAGAAAAACCUUUCAGUUGCUCGGUUUGUGGGAAAUUAUUCUCCGACAAGACUAACAUGCUGUCACACAUGAGAAUACAUACAGGGGAAAAACCUUUCAGUUGCUCAGACUGUGGGAAAAAAUUCUCUCAAAAGCCGCACAUGCUGUUACACAUGAGAACGCACACUGGAGAAAAACCUUUCUGUUGCUCAGUUUGUGGCAAAAGCUUCUCUGACAAAACUAACAUGCAGUCGCACAUGAGAACGCAUACCGGGGAGAAACCUUUUACUUGUGCAGACUGUGGGAAAAAAUUCUCCCAAAGGCCGCACAUGCUCUUACACAUGAGAACGCACACCGGAGAAAAGCUUUUCGCUUGCUCAGAGUGUGGUAAAAAAUUCUUCCAAAAGGCGCACAUGCUAUCGCACAUGAGAACACACACGGGUGAAAAACCUUUCACUUGCUCAGUUUGUGGUCACACAUUUGCUCAAACAUCCUGUUUAAAUAGGCACAUGCGGACACACACAUAGGAGAAAAAGCCUUUCGCUGCCGAAUUUGCAGCGAUAGAUUUUUCGGAGGUGGUCUUCGAAUGAACACCUGCAGAGUCACUGAUGGUCGGCUUUUUGUUUCGCCUGACUUCCAUGCCAGGCGGUGUGGCUGUCACGUUAGAAGUGGAGCCUUUUAAUGACAUUAAACAUGAGCUACAGAGGGGAGGCUCCCUAAAGUAUUGUGCUGAAUUCUGUAUUUAAUUUUGUACAUUGAAUACUAUUCCUGAUUCUCCUGAAAAUGGAUUUCCAAUGUAUCAUUUUGAUGGAUAUUUGUUUAUAUUCAAAAAGUGCAAGUCAGCUGUUGGCUCCCUCCAACAAAAAUAGGGUGGUGUGAUAGAAAAGUGUAUAAAAUAUAUAAUUUGCUGGUAUAUAACAUAGGUCACAUUUUGUAUAUACUAGGGGUGUUGAAAAUAAUCAAUUCAGCGCUAUAUCACGGUAUUACAAUACGUUCAAGUCGAUGUUUUUGUAUGUAUUUUGGGGGUAAGCACUGUAUUCAUUGCAGCGCCUUCUGUACGGCACUUACACUCCCGGUCACUAGUGGGCAGCAUUGGCUGCACGCCACUCAAGCCCUCCAGAGUAAUCGUAGCAUCUUGCGAGAGUUAUCCCAGGAUGGUAUCUUGCACUAUAUUCUCACAGUGUUUUGAGAACAGCUACAGUUUCAGUAUGGACGAGGAAUUGCGAGAUGCUCUGAAGCACACUUUGAACUCAUUUUGGCUUUUACAGCACCACAGACGGAGGCCCAGAUUAUGACAAAAUCCACGGCAUCUGCAAAAUGUGUUACGCGAAAAUCAAAUACUGCGGAAACACCACGAACCUCCGUGCACAUGUUGCCUGACAUCACGGCGAAGUGGGGGUAAAGGGAAAACAAGCGACUACCUCAUCUCAACUAACUCUUGAAUAACUCACCGUGUGCCACCAAAAUAACACACUUAGUGACUUCCUAUGUAUGUGCAAAGACUAGAAGGUGACGGCUUUUGUUACAUGAUGAACGCUUUAGAACCCUGUUAUUCCAUACCGUCCAGCCAACAUUUGGCUGAUGUUGCUUUGCCCCGAUUGAACAAAGAAGUAAAAAAACAAUGUGCUGGAUGAUCUUCAUUUUGCCGAGCGAGUUGCAUUAACAUGUGAUGCCUGGUCUUCCAGGAUGUUUUUACAUCCUUUAAGGUAUGUCCCUCAAGUACAUUUAAGCAGGUUUGAAAAUGGAUUGCACUUGAUUUUCUUAAAACAGAAAUAUAUACUGUUCAAUUUAAACCUAAAACACAGUCUGCAACUUGUUGUUAAAUACAGUUGCUGUUGCAGUUAUGCUUCUGACAUUUCAGAUAAUAAAAUAUUUCACACAAAUUUGAUUUUGAAUGUGUGCUAGUUUAUUAAUUAGUUGUUUCCAGAAUCGUAUAUUUUUAAAAAUUGCAAUAAUCGUCUUGCAGUUAAGUAUCGGGAUACACUAAGUCCCCUACUAACGAACAUCCGACGUGCAAACUUUCGGAGAUACGAACACAAGCCGACUAGUCUAUAUUUUCAUGUGUUUUGCCUUAUAAGUCCAUAUUUAUACUGCUACAUGCUUGACCAGCAGAGGGCACUGUGACACUGCUAAUGGGACCAACAGCGGGAGAACAAGAG